AUGGCCACCACCGUUGGACUGCUCGUUGCCGACCUUAAGGAGGGUAUCGAUAAGGAGGAUGCGGUCCUCAAGAAGCUUCGCGAGGGUAUGGCCAAGGGCGGGCUCAUUGAGCGCCAGUCGUACGGCUUCAGCGUCGAACAUCCUCAAAGGCUCUACUGGACUCUCUACUUCGAGAACGGGUUCGAGCGGAAGGACUUCAAGUGGCCCGAGGCUGAGUACGGCAACUUCGUCGACGAUCUCAAGUGGAUCACCACCGCCGACUAUACGCGCUACUACUUCGAUUUCCCCUCGUUCCCGCAUGCCAUCAUCGCCGCACCUGUCACCGAAAUUGCCAUCGGCACCCUCAAGGCGGAUGCCGACCUAGCCGCUUUCAAGCCUGUCAUGGAAGCUGCUGGAGCCAAGCCCGUCGUGGUUCUGCUCAUUGGCUGGGACUCGAUCGAGGCUCAUAAGUCUGUAUCCGCGAUCCCUGAGAACCAGGCGAAGGUGGUACCCUUGCACGCAUUCGCCGAGAAGGUCGACAUCGUCCACGUCUCGUUUAUCGACAAAGUGUAG